UGCAAAAUGGAGGAAGAAAGCUUUAACAAAAGAGGUUGGAUCCAAAAGUUUAGAAAUCUGCACAGAGAAUAUAAUCAAGAGGAUAUUUCAAAAUUUAAAUCUUUAAUUCUUUUCAAGAAGGACUUCACUAGUUUCAUUGAUGACUCUAACAAAGAGGAUGAUAAGAAGAAUAACAAAUUUAUUUCCCUCAGGAAGAACAAGAUAAAGGAAGUUAAUAAUAUAAAGAAGAUUGUAUUAAAAGCUAAAGCUAUGAAGGAAAGAAUGUAUGAUGACGAAUCAGUUAUCGACAAACUACAAACCUCAGUCAGAGAUAUCAAUGAGAACCUCAAAGAGUUCAAAAUAAAGAACAAAUAAUGAAUAUGGUAUCUUAUCCCAAGCAGAGGAAGAGCUUACUCGAGAAUUGGAGCUGUUCGAGAAUAAAAUGACUGCUAUUAUUGAAGAGGAUAAAGCUACUGAUAGAUCAUGAUAUGAAAGAAAUUCUGUCAUAAGUAAUCAGAGUUCAAUGACUGGAGGUACCAAAAGAAGGCCUGCUUCUGUUACCACAAGCAAGAGAACCAAUAUCUCACGUAGCUCCUAAAAUCACCA